UAGGGACGGAAAGCGUCAUCGAAGGAAACCAGAUGGACUUAAAGUAGAGUUUACUUUACUUGCUACUCUUCAUUUUUUUUUAUUUUUUUUAUUUUAUGAAUAGGGCAGAGGGGUGAAAGAAAGAAAGAAAGAAAUUGAUGUCCGUGGCGUGAGUGAAGGAAGGAAGGAGGAUGAAGAAAUUCCUUGUUGUUUUCGUAGCUCUGAAUUUCAUGGUGGUUCAUUCAUCUUCAUCGUCAUCUUCAGAUCUAGAGGAAUUGAGGAGGAGGAGGAGGGAAGAAGGGGUGAGGAGGAGCAGAGGUUUGAAGAGCUUCAAGGAGAAGGCAACCGGCACAAACACCACUUUCGAUUGCUCUCCUUCCGGUCCUUGCGUCCCUUGCCUUUACCACGAAAAGAAAGAUGUAAGCUAUCGCUGCAGUGAAACUGGGUAUCGUAUACCCAUGAGAUGUGUCAAGAUUGCUGUUGUUGAUGAAGAAAAAGGCAGUAGGAAUCUCUUGGAAGAUUCAUCCACCAUACAAGUUGGACCAGAGAUGUACGUAACUUACAGAAGCUGUAUACCUGCUGUUAAUGAAGAAAAGCUCUCCCUCAUUGGCUUUGAGGCGAUAAUGUUGUUGUUGUUGAUAAGUAGUUCGUUUGUAAUCUUCAGACGUAAGGGCAGUUUGGUGAUGCCAGGAGCAAUAAGAUUACCUACCAACCCAAGGUUUUAAGGUCACAGGAUCAUUUCAUAAUAUGUAAUGAGAUCAUUCUUUUUCUGUCCAAAAACUUCUUGUAACUUUCAACUUAUAUUGUUUCACGUUAAAAUAGAAUUGACUGAUUUUAUUUUGUU